UUCCAGUCAGGGAAAUUAUUGAAAGUCAGCCAAGCAGCAAGCCCCCGGUUCUGGCGAUCGUAUAGUCUCUGUUGGUUUACGAAGCUGGCGACCUAUGAACCAUGAAGCAAAUGAAAUGUACCCAAUUCCAAAGGUUGAGGACAUUUUGUGAAGCUGAGCAAGCCCGUUUAGACAGGGCUGGGCAAAGGGUGAAAAGGUACUACUUGUUAUCUUAACCUAAGGACGGAGUUCCUCAGCUACAGAGAUCGUGUGUGAUUUAGCUACA